AUGUAUGCCAUUACCAUUCUCGUACCCUUGUUCCUCGCCAUCGACGCCGUGAGCGCCAAUUUCUUUGGCGCCAUGAUCGGCAUUUUCAUGAUCCUACUCCUUGAGUGUACUAGUGAUGGCCAUCACCCCGGACAAAAUAUCUCGUCGCUUGUUACCAACGCGGCUCUGUCCAUCGGUGUCGACCGCCUUAUCCAUCACGAUGUCGCCCAAGAGAUCUACGGCAUCGCCUUGAUGGGUGCUUGUCGUUAUUUCUGUGGAUUACAGCGUCCCGCCGUCCACGUUGUCGCCGCAUUCAAGAUGCUUUCCGCGACCCUAGAUCAGGACCAUCGAGCAUUCACAAUAACCUUCUUCUCGACCGUGGGUAUCAACGUCAUACCCGAUUUUAUCUUCUCUGCCCUGAAUUAUCACUUGACCGCCGGUAUAAAUGGUACUUUCCGUGCUUGUACAACAGUACUGUCCUCAUUUCAACGUGGCACAGCUACCGUCCACGGUCAAUCGCCCGCUUCCACACAGUCACCUGGUCUCAUCGAGGACAAGCCGAAGACAGAUGACAAGCCGAAGGCAGAUGACAAGCCGAAGACAGACGACAAGCCGAAGGCAGAUGACAAGCCGAAGGUAGACGACAAGCCUAAGGCAGACGACAAGCCGAAGCCAGAGGCACCGCCCGCUUCUACACAGUCACCUGAUCUUAAAGCGGAUAAGCCAAAGCCAGAGGUGACUCAGACAGCAACUCAGGCUCCUCAGACCAAAGACGAUCCCGUCGAUGCCGGCACCAAGGUCAGCUCCGGAAAGGUUGCAGUAACGACACGAGUGGACAAUCCCAAGAUUGGCGUGCAGAAAGCUGCUACUCCUAAAGCUGCUACUCCCAAAGCUGCUGUUCCUAAAGCCGCUGCUCCCAAAGAUGCUGUUUCCAAAGCAGCUUCAUCACGCGUCAAGCGUUGGGACUCGCCGGAUAUCACCAAUUCCGCGCCACCCGAGCCAGCGCCAGGCGUCUCCCGAACGUAUCUGAGAUCAGCGGCUGCUGCUGCUGCUGCUGCGAGAAAGGCGGAGCGUGAGGCUGCCGAAUUGUCUCAAUCAUCUGCCAAGGAGGAACUUCCUACUGUCAAGACUGAGGUUCCUGCCAAGGCUGAGGCUCCUAUCAAGGCUGAGGCUCCUGCUCCUACCAAGCAGCAAAUCAAGGAGUUAGUCGACAAGGCAGUGGAGAACAAGAUUGAGAAGUUCGUCGACAAUGCAGUCGAGCAGAAGUUAGAGAAGGCUCUCGACAAAGCUGUCGAGAAAGUAAUUGACCGAACUCUUGAACGAUCAAUGGAACGUACCAUUGAACGUGUUAUGGAACGUACCAUGGAACGUACUAUGGAGCGAACCAUGGAGCGAACCAUGGAACGAACUAUGGGACAUACCAUGGAAAGAGUAAUGGCUCGCAGUGUUGACAAGGCACUAGAGGCGUUUAUGGACAAGGUCACUGGUAUGACAGGUGCCCAAAUGCCUACCAAGGAGCCUACCAAGGAGCCCGCCAAGCUCCAGGAGGCAUCCGUUGAAGAGGCCUGUCAACAAGCUACCGAGGAGUCCGCCAAACCCUCGGAGGUCGUCACCAAGCAGAUGGCAGCAGAGUCCCAAGAUGUCCUUGUUAAGAAGCCGAGCUCUGUCGUGCAGGAACAAGAAUCGGAGUCUCCUGCUAUCGAUGUUGCCACCGCCAAUGACGAUGUUGUCGUUGCGGAGGUGCCUACUAGCCAAGCACCAGUCGCUGGCACCGAUGAGACCCAAGUGUCCAUCGUAGAGAGCGCCCCUGUCUCUCCGAUCACGACUCAGACUGCUGCUCCUAUCGAAGUGAGCAUCGUGGAGCCAGAACUUGUCGAUACAACUUCUACGGAACAAGCUACCGUUGACACCGCCAUUGGUCAGCCUGCAGAGGCUGAGGUUCAGCCACCUCCCGUUGAGGUUCAGCCACCUCCCGUUGAGGUUCAGUCACCUGUCGUUGAGGUUCAGUCACCUGUCGUUGAGGUUCAGCCAGUUGUCGUUGGAGUUCAGCCAACUAUCGUUGAGCCAAACGACCAUAUCGAACAGGCCAGCCAUGAACCGACAAUCGUGCAGCCCAGCACUGCUGGUGAAGUUAUCACUGAGCCAACCGUCAUCGCCACUCAGGUUCCGAGCCAAACUGUUACUGAGCUCCCUCUGAUUGACAUCCAGUCAAGUGACCACGCUGAGCCCACUGAAUCGGUCAGUGCUGAACAAGCCAGUCCUAAGAUUGACAUCGUGGAGUCAAACGUUACCGACGCAGUUGUUUCUGAGCCUAUUGUCAAUAACGUUGAAGCUCCUGCACCUGUGGAGACUGAGUCGCAUGAUCACUCUGAGCCAACCGAGCCUAUCGUCACUCAGCCAACCGAGCCCAUCGUCACUGAGCCAACUGAGUCUGUCGUCACUCAGCUAACCGAGCCCAUCGUCACUCAGACAAUUGAGCCCAUCGUCACUGGGCCAACUGAGCCUGUCGUCACCGAGCCUGUCGUCACUGAGCCUGUCGUCACUGAGCCUGUCGUCACUGAGCCUGUCGUCACUGAGCCGGCCGUCUCUGAGCCUGCAGUUGUCUAUCCUGAGGCACCUGCCCUCGGACAACCCAACGUCGAGCAGACAAUCCCGGGACUAAGUGCCCACCAGCCGACAACUGACGAAGAGAUCUACACUGGCACUGUCUGGCACGCUCGUCACUCGCAAACAGUUCUGCAGCCCACAACCGACUUCAACUACUCAGAUGACUUCGUCGCGAUUUGCAAGAAUGGCAAACAGUUACCGCCUCUGCCAAAGCCUGAACAGCGCUACAUAGGAGUACAGGCUCAAGGAAACGUGGCGCCACAGGUUCCCAAUGAGCAGUCUCAGGCUUUCUCACAGGAGCAGCCAAUGAAUAUUCCGCAGGCGCAAUCGUGGAAUCUCCAGGAGGAACAGCCCAUGGGCAUGAUGUCACAAGUUCCUAACGAACAACCUCAAGGCUUCACACAGGAGCAGAUGUCGGCUCUGGGACAGGCCGUACACACGAUGCAACAAGGUCCGACCGAGCAGCUGCAAGCAUUCGCACAAGAGCAACAAAUGGAUCUUCCACAGGCUCAGUCAUGGAAUCCCCAGGCAGAUCAAGCCAUGGGUAUGAUGCCGCAAGUUCCCAACGUGCAGCCACAGGCUUUCACACAGGCUUUCCCACAGGUUUUCCCACAGGAGCAGCCGCAGGCCUUCUUUCAGGGACAACAAAUGCAUCUUCCACAGGACCAGUCGUGGAAUCUCCAGGCGGAACAACCCAUGGGCAUGAUGCCACAAGUUCCCCACGGGCAGCUGCCAGCCUUCACACAGGAACAGAUGUCGGCUAUGGAACAAGCCGUACAGGAGAUGCUACAACAAGCUCCUCAAGAGCAACAGCAAGCCUUCACACAGGAGCAAAUGUCAGCCAUGGAACAAGACAUACAGCAGAUGCUACAAGUUCCUAGUGAGCAGCUGCAAGCCUUAUGGCAGGAGCAAAUGUUGGUCAUGGAACAAGCCACAGGCACGAUGCCACAAGGCCCUAGUGAGCAACCGCAAGCCUUCUCACAGGAGCAAAUGUUGGCCAUGGAAGAAGCCGCAAGAACAGUGCCGCCUGUUACCGAUGAGCAAUUACAGGUGUUUCCGCAGGAGCAAUCAAUGAAUCUCCCACAGCCGCAGCCUUGGAAUCUCCAUAACGAACAAGUCACAAUGUGCACGACACCACAGGUUCCUAUCGAGCAGCCACAGGCCUUCCCACAAGAGCAACCAAAGGAUCUCGCACAGGAACAGUCAAUGAACCACCCACAGGCGCAGUCAUGGAAUUCCCCGGCAGAACAAGCCACGGGCUCGAUGCCACAGAUUCCCAACGAGCAACCGCAGGUCCUCCCACAGCAGCGGGCAUGGACUAUUCCUCAGGCUCAACAAUCCUCGACGGGCGUGGCGCCAGAAGCCCCUAUGGGGUUGUCAACAGAUCUUCCACCAGGGACAUCGGAAACCGUCCCCAAUAUGGAAGAAGCCACGACGGAUACCGCCAUGGAUGAAUCUUCAGACGAUGAGCUUGAACAGAUGUUGCUCGACGCCUUGGAUGGUAAACCCCUCCCAGAGGAUGUUGUGAAGGCAGGGGAAGAAGCAGCAGCGAAGCAGCCGCAGAUGCUCUUUGGGUGGAAAGGACAGGAAAAGAAGGGGUUCGACAUGAAUGGGUUCAACCUGAAAUCCGGCCCGAAAUUUCCGGAGUCCUGGUCCAGCAAACAAGAUGAUCCUAAUGCGGACCUCAUGAUGGUAGCUCUUGGCAACUCGCGUUAUGAAGAUGCACCGUGGGCCACCAUACCGCCGGAAAUAGAAGAAAAGGCUUCUCGAGCAUACAGAGAGUCAUUAGUCGAAGAUCCAUUAGACACCCCUAUGUCUGAGGACGAGGAUGAGGAUGCAGGCGCAGGGGAGGUAGCCAACCACGUCACAACCCAAGAUCCAUUAGACACCCCUAUGUCUGAUGACGAAGAGGAAUAUGAAGGCAAAGGGAAGGAACCUGCCCACCUCCCACUAUCAGUGUUGCAAGCCCGUGGCCCCGUUAUAACGGACGACGACGACGAUGAUGAGGUGGAGUGGGAACCUGUGCCACCAUUCGUGGUUCCCACUUUUGGAAGCAGCAACUACGGCGCUUCAACUUCUGCAGCACCUCCCACUUCACCUCCUACUUCCGAACCAUCUCCUACAAACCCAAGGAACUGGUGCCCCCAGACGACGCCGGCUCGGAAUGGCACACCCAGCCAUGCACCCAGACCCCAUGCACCCAGACCGCCCGAGCCACAGCAGCCUCAGGCCCGUCCACUAGAAGAGUUGCUUCGUCUCGACGCUGCCGGCCAAUUGACCAGACAUGCCGGUCCCGCUCGCGUUGCUCCGCCUGUGCUGAAUCUCGAAGACCGCGCCCCUGCGUUCCAUGAAAUCCCCAAGGGAUAUCUAGUCUCCUGCAAGUCGAAGAAGGAACGAGAGGAAGAGCAGGCUAGAAUCGCUAAGAAUAUGGCACGCCCGAAGCCGGAGCCAGUUCCAGAUACGACGGAACGCUCUAAGCAGAAGUUUGGCUUCGGUGGAGAAGAGCUGGCCGAAGAGCGCGCGCGGAUCAAGAAGCAGCAGGACGAACAGCUCUUCUGGAUCGAUGACGAAGGGUACCACCAUAAGGAGCCAUCUACGCACAAGUGGGACGCAAAUGACGAACAGCGUCUCAAGGCCAUGUGGGAGAAUACCAACCGGAACCAUCGACAUAAUACCGUCAUGCGACGCUGGGCAGUGACCAUUCGGAAAGCGGUUGCGAAGAAGAAGAAGGACACGCUCAUUUUCUGGUGGAAGAAGCGUAACGCCAAGAUUUCCUUUGAAGCGUACAAGAGAAGAGAGAAGAGGCACGCAAACAGCAACCCUCUCGUCAGGCCGAAGAAUGGUGGAUCAAAGAAGAGAUAA